ACACAUCAAACCAUACUUUGUUUGAACGUAUCUAACCUCAAAAUAUGGUUUGUUGACAUGUUGUACAAGAUGAUUUAAAUCUUUCGUAAAAAUGUUCAAAAACACUUUUCAAAGUGGGUUCCUCUCCAUUCUAUACAGCAUAGGAAGCAAACCGCUCCAGAUCUGGGACAAGAAAUAUAAAAAUGGUCACAUUAAACGAAUCACGGACGAAGAUAUACAGUCUUUGGUACUAGAAUUAAUAGGAUGCAAUGUUAGUACCACGUACAUUACGUGCCCUGCAGAUCCUAAGAAGACUUUAGGUAUAAAGUUGCCUUAUCUAGUAAUGAUAGUGAAAAAUUUGAAAAAGUAUUUUACUUUUGAAGUCCAGAUAUUAGAUGAUAAAAAUGUAAGGAGAAGGUUCAGAGCCAGUAACUACCAAUCAACUACAAGGGUAAAACCUUUCAUAUGCACUAUGCCUAUGAGGCUAGAUGAAGGAUGGAAUCAAAUCCAGUUUAAUGUGGCUGACUUCACAAGACGAGCUUACGGAACAAACUAUGUGGAGACUCUCAGAGUACAAGUUCAUGCAAACUGUAGGAUAAGACGGGUAUACUUUUCUGAUAGACUGUAUUCAGAAGAUGAGUUGCCUGCUGAGUUCAAGCUGUUUUUACCUAUACAGAAUAAACCUAAAGCACCUCAAACUAUUAGAGCUUAAAUCGUCUCCUGGAAAUUAAGAAGUUUUUCUUAAUGAUCUCAUGUUUCAAUGAUCCAAACAAAAUAUAUUUGUGUUUUUUUCGGUUAUUUUUAUUUUUUAAGUGGGGAUGUGAUGUAAAUUUUGUUUUCUAUCCUUGUGAUGAUAGGAUUAAAAAUAAACAUAUACAAGUUCAUAUUUAUAAUAAAGGAGAUGUCAUUGUAUGAAUGCAACAUUUUGCCAUUUUUUUUAAUUAUAUGGGAUUUUGUUUUACUUUUACUCAUAAUUUAAUUUAAUUGUGAUCAUUA